AUGUCGCUCGCGGUGGACAAAGCCGUCGUGAAUCUCCUCGAUCGCCUGCGCGCGAAAGACCUCGCGGAGAUCCUCGUCGCGCUGCGCCAGAGCAAGCAGGGCAACAAGGCGGCGCUCAAAGCGCGCGUCGUCGGCGUCUGCGAGUCCGAGGUGCUGACCCGCGCGGCCGGCGGAAAGCACGCGAUCGAGCGCGUAGUCACGGACGUGUGGUACAGGUUCGAGGGCGCGAAGUUCUGCCUUUCCCCGGGCGCCGCGGGCGGCGGCGGCGUGAAGCGCACGCACGGCGAGUACGUGUCCGGGCUCGUGCGAGCGGCGCGCGCAUCGUCGCCGAAAUCUCUCGAGGAGCUCCGCAAGCAACGCGCCGCCGCCGCCGCGGUCGGCGCGCUCGUGGCCAGCGGCGGCGCAUCUUUUGCCGCGGACGCGGUCAGCAGCGGGAUAUGGGCGCGCGCGGUCGAGUCCGACCCGUUCUGGGCGCCGCACCCCGUGCCGAACGUCGCGUCGGCGCCGGGCGUGGUGAUGUCGCCGACGCGGCUCGGCGCGAAGGGCGUCGCGUCGCGGCCGUUCAUCCUCAGCAACGCGCAGGCGAUGCUCCUGCGCGGGAAGGACUCGCGGUCGUACCAGUUGCAGCUCCAGUGCGUCAUGAACGACGACGAGGUGCCGGCGCGGCAGCACUGGCCGUUUCUCGCGAACGUGCGCGUGAACGACACGCCGCUGCCGGUUAUGUUUCGGCAACCCGGGAGCGCGAUGGGAAAAGCCGGGAGGGAUCCGCCCGUGAGCGUGCCGUUGGGCGUCGCCGUGGAGGGGCGGAACGUCCUCAGCGUGUCGUGCGCGGAUUCGCGCAUGUUCACGGUGCUGAUGCGGAUCGUGAAGAGGCGAAGGGCGGAGGAGGUGAAGGCGCGUUCUAUACGCUGGUCCCCAUACGACCCCGUUCGCGUGGCGCUGGUGCCGGCGCCGGUUUCGUUUCCAAACGCGCGCGCGCAUCUGGAGCGGUCUCUGAGCGGCGGCGGAAGCGGCGGGGUGCCCGGCGCGGACGACAGCGACGACGACCUCGUGAUCGAGGACAACGCGGUCUUAUCCCUUCGCUGCCCGAUAUCGGGGUUGAUUUGCAAGACCCCGGCGCGGACGCGGCGGUGCAAAGGUUUGGCCGCGUUCGACUUGGACACGUACGUCUCGCUGAAUGAAAAAGUUCGCAAGUGGACGUGUCCGCACUGCGGCGAGAGCGGGAGACCCGCGGAGCUCGUCAUCGACGGCUUCCUCACGCGAGUCUUGGGCGUCCUGCGCGCGCGCGGCGGCGACUCCGCGAGCGUGAGCCGCGUCGAGGUCGAGCCCAGUGGGCGGUGGCGGCCGUGCCCGGACGACGAAGGCGGCGGCGGCGGCGGCGGCGGCGGCGGCGGCGGCGGGAAAAGAAACGCGAACGAGUCGGCUUGGGUCCCCGCGGAGGCGAUGAACGGCGUCGUCUUGGGCGUCGGCGGGAACGUCUUACACGUGCCCCCGGAGCUAUACGCCGGGAGUGAGUCGGCGACGAAAGGCGGCGGCGGGGCGAGAGCCGGCGUGACGACGAUCGACGCCGAGGACGACGACGCCGGCGACGAGACGGACGAGGAGGAGGAACGACGACGCGCGAUUCGCGAGGCGACCGCGCACGGGAACGACGCCGCGCGCGUCCCCGUCGCGGCCGCGGCGGAGAGCGCCGAAGACGUCAUCGUCAUCUCGGACAGCGACGACGACGACGACGAGGAGGAGGAGGAGGAGGAGGAGGAGGAGGAGGAGGAGACGGCGGCGGCGGAGGAAGGCGUUGAAACCGGCGUUGAAACCGGCGUUGAAACCGGCGUUGAAACCGGCGUUGAAACCGACGCGGCGAACCCGACGCGCGCGAUGGACGCGGCGACGGCGGCGGCGCAGCGCGCGGUGGAACACUCGACCGCCGCGCUCGCGGCGAUGCGAGCCGCCGCCGCCGCCGCGGUCGAGUCCUACAAGGCGUCGAGAGAAUCACUGUCGAGCGCGCCGGCGGCGACGGCGACACUGGAGAGCCCGGGGGCGUACGCCGCCGCGGCCGCAGAGUAUUACGACGGGCCGUCGCCGCGGCUGGAGGCGGCGCACCGCGCGAUUUCCACCGCGAACGAGCUCUUACGCGCGGGCGGCGACGCGACCGCGACCGCGACCGCGACCGAGACCGCGACAGCGACGCCCGUCCCCGUCGUCGGCGCGGCCGCGGCGCGGAGCGUCCCGAGCCCGGGCGCGGUCGCCGCGGGCCGAGCGCCCGCGCCGGGGGCGGCGCCGUCGCCGGGGCUCGGCGAGGCGGCGGGGGAGCGCGCGCCGUUGACGGUGCGGAUGCGUCGGCCGACCGCGGGCGCGGGGUCGGCGCCCACGGCGCCCGCGGCUCGCGCGCCGCCGCCGCACGACGACCUGGACGCGCUCGUGAGCCAGUGGUUCGAGGAAGGGCGAGGGCGCGCGGGCGGCGCGGGCGGGUCGGGGAGCGGCGGCGGCGGCGGCGGCGGCGGCGGCGCCGACGCCGUCGUCGUCCUCGAGGACUCCCCGUAG